AUGCCCUGCGUCUCCAAAUCUCACACGCUCCCUCCUCCUCCCAACGUCUCCAAUCUCGCGCUCUCUCCUCCCAAAAACCUCACCUUCCUCCGCUCGUCUGUUCUCUCCGACUACGACGACGCCGCGGCGGCGGCGGCUCCUCCCGCCCCCGCGCUCUCCAUCUCCGUCUCCGGCCACUGCUCCCUCUCCGACUCCCUCGGCCGCUUCCAACCCCACUCCUCCCCCGCCCCCGCCUCUGCCCCCGCCCCCAUCGGCUUCUUCUCCUCCCGCCGCCGCACCGCGCUCCGCCCCUCCAUGCGCGAGGCCGUCCUCGCCCACUCCCUCUCCGCAACCCUAGCCUCCGCCCACCCGCUCCUCCUCAUCCUCGUCUCCCCCUCCGCCUCCCCCAACCACUCCACCCACUCCUACGACUACCGCGCCUUCCUCCUCCACGGCGGCCGCCUCGUCCCGGCCUCGCUCGCCAUUGUCAACGUCGGGCCUGGAUUCCGGGACCAGUACCACACCUUCACCGCUGAGUCGCCUAUGCCCUGGCUGCCGUCGGCUCCGGCGCCUGGGCACGCUCACACCCUCGUGGAGCAGAAGGCAGUGGAUGAAAUGGUGGACGGGUUUGGGAUCGGGAGGAUGCAGGAGCUCCUCGGCGCUGCUGCGGGGCAGGCGACCGAGAUUGAUGACAUGUACGCAGGGAUGCUCAGCAAGCUGGAGAAGCUCGCCAGGGAGAUGGAAAAGAGCAAUCUCCGUGUGCUCGAGCAGGUCUGCUUCUAA